AUGUCAACGAAAGUGGGACCAUUGUCGUUUGACACCGGACAGCCAGGAGAUAUGGUGUUUGAUAAGCCUUAUUCUGAAGCGACAGCGCAGAUAAUAGAUCAAGAAGUGAGAGACAUGGUUAAUACUGCUUUGACACGAACUCGAGAGCUGUUGCUAUCAAAACGAGAAGAUAUCGAGAAGGUUGCUCAACGAUUAUUAGAACGAGAAAAUCUAGCGCGUGAAGAUAUGGUUGAAUUACUUGGAAAACGGCCGUUUGCUGAGAAGCAGACCUACGAGGAAAUGGUUUCCGGCACCGGAGGCAUGGAUGAGGACACCCAAUUACCUAAGGGAUUGAAAGAUUGGAAUAAGGAGAGAAAGGAAGAGCAAGAGCCACAGCCACAACCGGCCGAUAAAUAA